UCUUACACGCGACCUUGCCCGUCGAGACACGAGGGUUGUUUACAAGAAGCCAGGUUACAUGUCGUGCCGGUGUGAUUCAGCUGUCGUGCCGGUUUGAUUGAGCCGUGCGGGGUAAGGUGUCGUCUGUAAUUCCGCCUCGGUUCCAGUUCACCUCAGGAGGAACGCCAACUCCUCACCUGUAACCCCGCCUGUCCACUCACGUAUCCCCGGCUCGGGGAAAUAAAUAGCCACGGAUAAAGGCCAGCCGUCCACCGAACGCGACGUUAACAAGGCACACGUAAAUACACAAACAACGGCCGACACAAAGGCCGCUGCUAUUCUUUACACCGGACGUGGUGUUAGUUCAGCCCGCCCUGUUCAUUCCUUUUGACACCUGCGGGCUCCAUUACGAAAGUCGUAUAUUCGUCUUAUACAAGGUCUUAUACGCCCAAUUGGGAGAGGAGAAUGCUUUGGUGUGAUGUGUGGUGUCCGAAACGGGAACGUCAUUCAACAUCGGGACAACGUCGGGAGACUAUGAGACUUGGGAGCUUUGCGUUCACCACCGUGGCACGCACCCGGGCGCAACUGCAAGCGUUAGAGUGCGGUGAAAGGUCUCUCUUUCUCCUGAUAAAUGACUGUGCAAACACUCGUGUUCCCGAGCCGACCCCGGGUUCCCAGUGGUAACGUCUGCCGGUUGGCGAUCGCACGUCGCCAGAGUGUUUUCUCAGCCUUGCACGCCCUGCAGCCCGCGACGAGAGUUAGUUACAACCGCGGUCACGUUUCACCGUAAAGAAUCGCCAACUCUCCGCUCCACUGCCACGCCGUGUUGUAUACCCUCGACAGUUUCAACCUACCUUAUGGAGCCAACGUAAGACUUGCUGCUGACAUUUGAUUUAAAGUGCGGCUUCGGUUCAGCGAGGUUGUAGUAUAAACCGUUUACGCAGACAUGGGGGAGAAUACGGAAGGGAAACAGUAUCGAACCGACGAUGCCCAGUUCUGGGACAACUAAAGUUUGACCUUAAACCAAGAGGGACAAGAUGGAAGGCAAGCCGCAGCCGUCGCGUACCCCCAGUGCCAGGACCGGGGCGUCACAGGACACGUCCUCGGAGCUCUGUACGGUCUUCGUCCGGCUUCCCAACGACGACGUCGCGGGGUUUCGCGACCUUCCGUCGGGCAUCUCCGUGUACGACCUGAAGGCGAGGAUCGAGAUCGUGACGGGCAUUCCCAGCCAGAUCUACACCCUACACUACACCAACGACGUGGACCUGGAGGACGAGAACGAACUCAGGAUAGGCAUGACCAUCAUGAACGGGGCCACGCUGCGAAUGCAGCUCUUCACCAGUUGGAACGGACUCUUCUACUCCACUUGGAACGGAAACAUCGACGACACGUACUACAGCGGAGGUGUACAACUCAUCAGUGAGGCCGGCUUCAGCGAGGGGGAAGCGGUCGCCAUGCACAGGAUAGUAGCCAAGAGAGCCUUCGUAUCCCUUUUCCUGGCCUGUCACAGAGGGCAUUACGUGCUGUGCAAAGUUCUACUCUCCAUUGGUGCUGACCCGGUGGGUAGGACGCCUUCCGGCCGGACGCCUCUACACGCCGCCGCGGCACAGGGACACCUGGACGUGCUGAACGCUCUUCUCGACCAGGGCGUGGACGCCGGCGCGCGGGACAUGUACGGCAAGACCCCUCUGGAACUGUCCGGGCAGUUCGGGCGGCGGGAGUGCGAGCGGAGGCUGUGGCUGCACCAGUGGAACCUGCGGGCCGCUAAGGCGGUCACCGCGGACACAGACACUUCCAGUCACGCGUCUGGGCACGGGUCGAACGGACAGGACGUCAGCCUGAGUACAGCAUCAGUCAGCACGCUGGGAUUCAUCCACGUACAAGGAGAGAAACCCCGACACGCCGUACGCCGAGUCUUGAAACCGUCUCCUCUGCGUGCUCAACAUAUCGGGAGCGCCAGUACCUGGUCAAACAGCCUCCCAACGCCGCAAGCACCGCAGAAGAGCGUCCAGCUACCGAGCAUGAGCGCGCCAGUCAAGGGUGUCCGCUACGGGCGUAUUCGCCCCGGCACGGCGCUCCUCGGGGACAAGUCGUUUCCCGAUGUCUGCCGGGCGUCUACCCUCCCCUCCCCCCGGGUGAGCGCCGGCAGCGAGGACGGUAAGAGGAAGUCCAGAAGCAGCGCGAGCCGGUCCACCUCCUCGCUGUACCACAGACACUGCCAGACACACGCCUCGUACACGCCUGUCGAGAACUGCGACCCUCAUCAGGACGACUUCAACGUGGAUGACGAGGACAUCGAGAGGUUGAUCCACGUCGUGUCUCUGUCUCAACCCUCCACACCUGUACCUGCAGACGACUCGGAUCUUGUGACAAGAGAGAAACGACAGCAACAGCUCAGAAGACCGCGAACGGGAGAGAACUCGCGGUGUGCGAGGUGUAGACUGCGCAACGACACCAGGAAGCCACCCAGCCCUCAGCGAACCCCCAGUAAACACUUCGUGUACCCGGGAACGUUCUCCGUGGGCGCGAAACAGCUGCACGUCAUGAUGCCUGAGAUGGAGUACUACCAGCAGCGUCCCACCACGAGGUGUCACUCGGUCCCGCCGCCGUCUCUGUGCAGCGACGAUGAAGCUGUGGACGCCGCUAUCGGAGACGACGACAUCCCGGACCUCGCGAAGCCUCCUGAGGAAACCAACCACAAACCCGACAGCGUCAACAGUGAAGACAGCGGCAGGGACACCAUGGACAAGACAGAAACAGUCGACGGCGACGACGAUGAUACACACGUCAGUAAACCGAGCGAAGAGGCGACGACAAACUUUGUGAAACAGAGGGAGUAUCAGAUCGACGUUGAUAACACAUUUGAAGAUUCUCCGAGCAAGGACAGACCCGGUUCCAACACAAAGGGGACGCAGUGCUCGGAUGAAGGUUUCUCAGCACUGCAGACAGUUCCGAGUCCUGAUACCUCCACAGACGACGUUCCGAAAUUGCAGAUCAACGGCGUAAAGUGGGAUCUAGAGAAACCGACUGUGACGCUUAAAAAUCAAAACGGCACGCAGACGGAAAGCCAAGACCGCCAAGUGAAUGCCCCACAGCGCCCCGUUCGCCAGCGCUCUCUGUCGGCAGACGACAAGAUGUUCCUCCCGCGCAAACCCGCUUCUGGGAUCCUGCCGCGGGCCAAGACGCUGGAGUCGUGGAUUCUGAUGAAGGCUCGUCAGAAGCAGGGACGGCGGGAGAGACCGGAGAUGGAGGAAAGACGGCGGCGGAACGUAGAGGCGUAUCAGAGAUGGCUGAGGACUAAAGACCAAGAGACGCGCGAAGAUGCCACGGACCAGUCCUCUAGCGCUGAAGCGAAGGAGAACCAAAACGCGUUUGAGCAAUGGCUGAAGGCAAAAAGACAGCAAGCUAAGAAAGAAAAAAGAGAAACAAGCGCAAAGUCAAAUAGCGAUUCUAAACAGCCUGCCGAUAGAGGUGCACAGGAGACGCGCCCGAAAAUUAUCGACGGAAUGUCUCACGACGAGUGGCUGCUUCAGAAAGCCGAACAGGGGGCCUUCCCCUCCGCCGAAUCACGGCGUCCUACCGCCGAAGACGAGAAAACCGCACGGAAGAAAACCUUCACAGGCGGGCUCACGUACGACGAGUGGCUGACCAGAAAGCUCCAAGAGGAAACGUUAACAAAAAGGCUGCUAGAGGCCAACAAGGCCGAACUUCAGAAAAAAGCGUUCGAACAAAGGAAAGGCGUGGUGGACAAGAACUUUCGAGAAUGGCUGAAGCAUAAGGCGGAGGAAAACCAGCGGGAGUACGAGAAAUUCGAGGCAGAAAGUCGGAGGGCACAAAGUAAAGAAAGCGAGCGCCGCUUCAGAAACAUGAGACGUGGCGUGACCUUCAGGAACUGGAAGGAACAGAAAGAACAGGACAGGAUUGUGGAGUUUGUCGCCAUGGCGCAGCAGGAGCGUCAGGAGAGGGCGAACGACGAGGAGCGGAAGAGAAAGAGCCAGCGGUCCUUCGAACUGUGGCUGGUCAGAAAAGCUCAGGAAAACCUGAACGAGGAAAAGAAGCGUCUUGAGAUGGAAAGACGCCGCUUUCUGAUGGCGGCAGCAAGGACUUAA